CUUUUCAACUUGCUAAUCUCCAACAAUGGCCGGAAAUGACCAACCCUGGUCAUGGUGGAACAGACUACGACGCUCAAAGUACUCGGUAGCAUCGGUGGUUGCCUAUACUUUGUUCACAGAUAUGGUGGUAUACGGUGUGGUCAUCCCAGUGCUGCCCUUGCUAGUCAUUGAGCGUCUUCAUGGAGACUCUAGAAUGGUUGGCCUUCUUUUUGGGUGCUAUGCUUUUGGACUCCUGUUGUCUACUCCAGUCUUUGCCAUUCUAUCUGAUAAGUAUGAGAAUAGAAGGUAUCCAAUGAUGUUCGGCUUAAUUGGUAUGGCUGUGUCGACUCUAGCAUUUGCUAAGGCCGAUACAUACUUUUGGCUGGUGGUAGCUCGUAUGGCUCAAGGUGUUUCUGGAGGUGCUAGCUGGACGAUUGGAUUAGGGAUGCUUGCAGACGUGUUUCCAAAGGAAAGUCUCGGGACUGUCAUGGGAACCGUGUUGACGGCACAUACAUUCGGUUUUGCAGUUGGCCCGCCUCUUGCUGGUUGGAUCUUGGAAUACUGGGGAUAUGCCGUUCCAUUUUAUGUUUGUGCUGCCAUUGCCAGUAUCAACUUUUUGGCUAUCUUAUGGAUUAGCGAGCCCGAGAAGCAUGGAGGUGUAAAGGCGGCUAUCCGCGAACAGGAAGAUCAGCUUAGAACCGAGGAAGAACAGGCCUCGGAAGCCACUCCAUUGGUCAGUGGUCAUGCCAAAGCCAAGCCUUCCAUUGGCAUGAUCGGUUUGCUCAAGAAUUGGCGCAUUAUGUCUUGCGUCCUCUGCGUUGUUAUCAGUGCUUCAGUAUUUUCCGGAAUUGAGCCUGCUCUUCCCAUUUAUCUCAAGGAGCAGUAUGGCGCUUCUUCGUCUACCACUGGAUUCAUAUUUGUUUUCAUGGUCGUGCCAGCUUUCCUUUCACCUGUCAUUGGCUACCUAUCUGAUAAUUACGGCAGAAAAUCCAUUUCGGCUGCUGGCCUGAUUACCAUGGCGGUUAUAUCACCUGUUCUUGCCAUCAAGUACUCGUCCGUUUAUCAGAUCAUCCCCCCGCUUAUGAUCUUCGGUUUGUCCAGUCCAAUGACUUUAACCCCCAUUUUGCCCGAGAUGGGUGAAGUAGUGCAUGAAAUUGGCGGUGCUGCAUACGCGCAAGUGUAUGCCUUGUACAAUAUGGCUUUCUCCACCGGCAUGUUCUUCGGCCCUGUGGCUGCUGGUUUUCUCAUGGAACUAGGAGGCUUCUUCACUGUCAUGGCUGCCUUUGGUGUAGCUUUGCUUGUUUGCAGCCCUAUUAUGGUGGACUGGCAAGGCUUGUGGCAUUCUAUCAUGUCAUCCCGUCGCGACUAAGCGUGCUUCUUCAUCUACUCAUGACGUUCGCACAAACGUAUCGAACAAAGACAUCAACUCACAGCAUUUUUAACGGACAAAAACUUAAGGAAUAAGGUGUCUGAAUUAUUAUUCUUGUA